AUGCCCUCGGCCGAAGCCUCGGGCGCAAUUUGCGUUCAAAGAUUCGAUGGUUCACGGAAUUCUGCAAUUCACACUACGUAUCGCAUUUCGCUGCGUUCUUCAUCGAUACGGGAGCCAAGAUAUCCGUUGUUGAGAGUUGUCUUUGGUUUGAGUGGACAGGCGGACGAGCCGACUGCCACGAUGGCUUCAGAGUGA